CAAGCGCCCAGGGGCCAGAGGUCUGUGCGCCCCGGCCAUGGCCCUGGCCCGGGCCUGGGCCCAGCCUCUCAACAUGGGCCUAGCCCUCUUCGUCCGUGGUCCCUGAACAUGGAGCGGGGCUGGCCGCCGUCGGGGGACAGCUGCAGAGGGGAGCGGCCCGCAGCCUGCCUCCGCGUCCGGAGCGCCAGCGACUCCCUGGAGCUGUAUGGUGCUCCAGCUGGCCACCCCGCCGCCACCCUGCAGGCUGCCCUGUGCACCUCGUGUGAGCAGCCAGCACGGCCACGGAGCAUCUGCUCCGCCAGCCCGGGGCCCGCGUCCCCGGGCGUCCGCAGCCUGCUGUUCGGCUUCCUGCGCCCCCGCCUCGGGCAGCGGAGCCCCACGCCUUCGGGGCUUAGCCCCGCGCCCAGCCCGGUACUCCCUAGGCGCAGCCGUGCCUCCGGGGAGCCGGCGCAGCGCCCGCGGCCCACCAGCAUGACGUUCUUGGAGGUGAACCGCCUGGAGCUGGCAGCCGCCGAGACCUCGCCUGCAGCGGGGGUGGGCGCGGGGCUGGGGCGCGCGGGCAGCGCGGGCUUCCUGCGCGGUGCGUCGCUCUGGAGCAGCCAGCGGUGGCAAGUGUUCCGCGGGACGCGCAGUGCCGAGGGCCCCCGGCGCGGCCUUUCUGCUCUCAAGAAGAGCUUCAGUUUCCGCCUGCGCCGCGGACAGGAGAUCCGGCGCUCCGAGUCGGGGCUGCUGGCCCGGCCGCCUCGCACGCGCACUCGCAGCGACGGCGACACCAGCUCCUUGGGCGCCUUCCCUAGCCGACGCGACCUGCUGGGCACAGAGGCCCCGCGCGCCACGCCCGAGCCCUGCCGCCCCCGCGCUGCCGCCAGCCUCUGGAGGCUGCUCACCAGCCGCUUCCGCCGGAGGGAGCCCUCGUCUCAGUGGGGCCGCCGCGACCCGGGGCUGCGGGGCGCGCGCAGCGACUCAUUUGUGAACAGCCAAGAGUGGACCCUAAGCCGCUCAGUGCCAGAGCUUAAAGUGGGCAUAGUGGGGAACUUGUCCAGUGGGAAGUCAGCUCUGGUACACCGCUAUCUCACAGGAACUUACGUCCAAGAGGAGUCCCCGGAAGGUGGUCGGUUUAAGAAGGAGAUUGUGGUGGACGGCCAGAGUUACCUGCUGCUGAUCCGAGAUGAAGGAGGCCCCCCGGAGCUCCAGUUCGCAGCCUGGGUAGAUGCCGUGGUGUUUGUGUUCAGCCUGGAGGAUGAAAUCAGCUUCCAGACAGUGUACAACUACUUCCUGCGGCUCUGCAGCUUCCGCAAUGCCAGCGAGGUGCCCAUGGUGCUGGUGGGCACACAGGACGCUAUCAGUGCUGCCAACCCUCGGGUCAUCGAUGACAGCAGGGCCCGCAAGCUCUCCACAGACCUGAAACGCUGCACCUACUACGAGACAUGUGCAACCUAUGGGCUCAAUGUGGAGCGAGUCUUCCAGGAUGUGGCCCAGAAAGUGGUGGCCUUGCGGAAGAAACAGCAGCUGGCCAUCGGGCCCUGCAAGUCUCUGCCCAACUCACCUAGCCACUCAGCGGUGUCCACCGCCUCCAUCCCGACCGUGAACAUCAACCAGGCCACGAAUGGCGGCAGCAGCGCCUUCAGCGACUACUCCUCCUCAGUCCCCUCUACCCCCAGCAUCAGCCAGCGGGAACUGCGCAUUGAGACCAUCGCCGCCUCUUCCACCCCCACGCCCAUCCGCAAGCAGUCCAAGCGGCGCUCCAACAUCUUCACGUCUCGCAAGGGGGCCGACCUGGACCGGGACAAGAAGGCUGCUGAGUGCAAGGUGGACAGCAUCGGGAGUGGCCGGGCCAUCCCCAUUAAGCAGGGAAUCUUGCUGAAGCGCAGCGGCAAGUCUCUGAACAAAGAGUGGAAGAAGAAGUAUGUGACGCUGUGUGACAACGGGCUGCUCACCUACCACCCCAGCUUACAUGAUUACAUGCAGAAUAUCCAUGGCAAGGAGAUUGAUCUGCUGCGGACCACAGUGAAGGUGCCUGGGAAGCGUCUGCCCCGAGCCACACCAGCCACAGCCCCAGGCACCAGCCCGAGGGCCAAUGGGGCGCCCAUGGAGCGGAGCAACACGCAGCUUGGUGGGGGUCCAGGUGCCCCCCACUCGGCCAGCAGCGCAUCCCUGCACUCUGAGCACACCCUCAACAGCUCGGCCUGGGCAGGUCCCUGCCCCGAGGGGCCGCACCAGCGCUCUUGCUCAGUCUCCAGCGCCGACCAGUGGAGCACGCAGCACCCUGCGGGUGGCACGGCUGACGUGCUCAGUUCAAGCCCCAAACUGGAACCUCCCCCAUCUCCCCACUCCAACCGGAAGAAGCACCGUUGGAAAAAGAGCACCGGAAACCCCCGACCAGACGGCCCCAGCAGUGCUACUGAAGAGGCAGAAGAGUCCUUCGAGUUUGUGGUGGUGUCCCUCACCGGGCAGACGUGGCACUUUGAGGCCUCCACAGCUGAGGAGCGGGAGCUGUGGGUACAGAGUGUGCAGGCCCAGAUCCUCGCCAGCUUGCAGGGCUGCCGCAGCGCCAAGGACAAGACCCGCCUGGGGAACCAGAACGCAGCCCUGGCCGUGCAGGCCGUCCGCACCGUACGCGGCAACAGCUUCUGUAUCGACUGCGAUGCCCCCAAUCCCGAUUGGGCCAGCCUGAACCUGGGUGCCCUGAUGUGUAUUGAGUGCUCCGGGAUCCACCGCCACCUGGGGGCGCACUUGUCCCGGGUCCGCUCUCUGGACCUGGAUGAUUGGCCCCCAGAGCUGCUGGCUGUGAUGACAGCCAUGGGCAAUGCCCUGGCCAACAGCGUCUGGGAGGGGGCCGUGGACGGCUAUGCAAAGCCGGGGCCGGAAGCCUGCAGAGAGGAGAAGGAACGCUGGAUCCGCGCCAAGUAUGAGCAGAAGCUCUUCCUGGCCCCACUGCCCAGCUCAGAUGUGCCGCUGGGCCAGCAGCUGCUCCGGGCUGUGGUAGAGGAUGACCUGCGGCUGCUGGUGAUGCUGCUGGCCCACGGGUCCAAGGAGGAGGUGAAUGAGACUUACGGGGAUGGCGAUGGGCGGACGGCCUUGCACCUGUCCAGCGCCAUGGCCAACGUGGUCUUCACACAGCUGCUCAUCUGGUAUGGCGUGGAUGUGAGGAGCCGGGACGCACGGGGCCUGACACCACUGGCCUAUGCCCGCCGUGCCGGCAGCCAGGAGUGUGCAGACAUCUUGAUCCAGCAUGGCUGCCCAGGGGAGGGCUGCAGCCUGGCGCCCACGCCCAGCAGGGAGCCUGCCAACGGCCCCGGCACCUCUGCUGAGCUACAUCGCAGCCCCAGCCUCCUAUGAGACCCAGGAAGUGAGCAGAGGGGCCCGAGGGACUCCAUGGCUUACAAGUUUCCUCCCUGCAGGUGCUGAGGGAAACAGAGGCACAAAAACAGGGCCAUGCAAGGAGGGAAGAAAGUCAGAGAGAGCCGAGGAGAGGUCUGAAUGCGCUCCUGCAGACAGAAGGGCAGCGGUCAGCCCUCGGCACCUUGGUGCUGUUGAGGAGGGACAGGACCCUUUGGAGGUGCCCACGAGGAGAGGGGGGCAGGACCUCUCCCUCCUCCAGACCCCCACCCCUUGUACCAGCCCUGUGAGCCUUCCUCCCUGAGGGGGAAAAGCCAGGCCAGGAUGGGGUGCUGGAUGGAAGAGACUGGGGCCAGCAGGGCUCCCAUGUAAAAUUUGUACAUUGGAGUAUUUAUGUUUGUGUACAUACUUGGUGUGCGUGUAUGAUAAACCAAUAAAGCAGACUGUGUGUGUG